AUGCGACCAGUUAUUUUACUCUGUCUUGCUGUUCUUGUUCUAUGGAGAGCUGGAGGUUCUAAAGAUGAUCAUCUAGACAAAGGCAACGAGAUCAGAAAAAUUGGCAAAAGAGCUGCAAGCAACGACAUAAAUACAGGAUCUGGAGCGCCAGGAGGAGGAGGAAACCCAGGAUUCUCUGUAACUGAUCAGACAACUAAUGAUGACACUGCAACCACGCCAAAGGAAGUGAGCUCAAGUGUUUCGGCAACAACUACUAGAGGUGACAGUGCUGCUUUAAUGAGAACAACAGUUAAGGAAAAAAUCAGAAAGCUUACACACAAGGAUUAUGAUUCAGAAAUUAUCAUGAAACUAUUCUUAGAUUCGAAAACCACUACUUCUUCAUUGAAACCGAUGGGAGACUCAAAUAAAAACAGUUCCGAGGAGGAGCAAUCUGAACCAUCUUCCCAAAGAACAACUUCUGAAGGAACGACUAAAUCUACAACACAAAGCCAAUCUUCAUCUACAACAAAACCCGCUGAAACUUCCUCUCCAGUGACAUCAACUAUGACUACUUCUCCGAGCACUCUGGAAGAUUCCACGACCACCCGGGCUUCAUCUACUACCUCUUCAUCGAAAAAACUCGAAUCGAAUUCCAAUGAAAAUAGUUCCGAGGAUGAGCGAUCUUCAAAACCAACAAACUCUGAAAGAACGACUGUCUCCACAACAAAAAGUCAGUCUUCCUCCACAACAAAACUUGCUGAAACUUCCUCUCCAGUCACAUCAACAAUGAGUACUUCUCCGAGCACUGAAACUUCAAAAGAAACUACUACAUUGAAAACUUCAACGAGCACUCUUGAAGAUUCUACGACCACCCGUGUAUCUACUACCUCUUCAUCGAAACAACUCGAAUCAAGCUCCAAUGAAAAGACGGAAUCAACUGUAUCGUCUUCAAGGACUGAAACGACUUCCAAACCGGUGACAACCUCUUCCACCAACAGCCCAUCUUCAUCAACGACUAGCCCAUUCCCAACUACUUCUCGUGUCAUCCCAACCACUAAAAAGACGCCAUUGACCAUCUCUCAGUUGGUAGAAAGUCUGGAAGAGGGAGUGGAGUACACGAUAGACGGAGUGCAGGUUGUGACAUGUCCCUCAUACAAAACAACUACGACGACACGGAAGACAACGAGUAGUACACCAGCUAUUAGUGGAAAAUCAACUGGAACUUCUCCCACGACAGUCAAUACAAUAGAAACAACUACUCCGAAACAAGGAUCAUCUGCAGCGACUACAUCAUCUGCAGACAUGACGUCUUCAACAUCUACUCGUCCAGGAAGUUCAGUCUCAAAUUCAUCUCCCAUUACAUCAGAUGUAACUGACUUUUCGACGUCCUCCUCUCGUUCUCCCUCGUCAUCCGUCACGUCAUCUUCUACAACCAAGAAACCAAUUGAUGGAGACGAAAACGGAGAAUCAAAGACAACUCCCUCGACUACUAACACCUCCAAACAGGAUAUUACUUUAUCCUCUAGCAGUCCUACAUCACAGACCUCCACGACGGCUCCGGUUUCUUCGAAAUCGUCAACGACAGCUAGCUUGAGCCACAUUACAGAAACGAGCUCGUCGAGUGGAAGUACAUCCGGCUCUACUAGUGACGCUACUGGUUCUCCAUCUUCUUCUCCGAAGUCUACCACCACAAGCAUCUCGAUCGACAAAGAGACUACCAGGAUAACCUCAACGACAACUGACUCAACUGAUUCUUCAAGUGGCUCCUCAACAUCAACUGAUGUAACUGAUAAAUUUUCUGUCUCUUCGGACUCCACUACUCCAGAAGUCCAAACUUCAGCAUAUCCGACUAGAGACAACACUACUACCUCUGAUGCAUCGACAGUUGUGACUGAAAUCCAAUCGACGACAUCUGCAACUUCUCCACCAACCGAGUCUCGCUCCAGCACUGAUUCUUCUACGGAAACGAGAACUACAAGCUUCGGAACGUCUACAAUGCAAUUCGCCGUGAGCACCAGUCAAGGAACUUUGGAUUUCUCCACCGAUCUUUCAUCAGAGGCUUCACCUUCAACGACCAGUUCGGUGGACGUAGAGUCUUCAAGAGGAUCGUCGACAACAUUUGACUUGAGUACUACUAGUGGAAUUGACAUCACUGAGUCGUCCAGUGGAAGAGCCCAGAGCACCACACUCGGAGGAUCAUCUUCUUCCUCUUCGGAUAGUACCUCGACAACAGAAAAAACGCCGGAUUCACCACUCCAGGAGACAUCAACCAAGGCCCCUGGAACUUCUCAGGAUCAGACCAAAUUCACUGAAAGAAUCUCGAGCAAAACUUGGACUACUUCAACGACAAAGACAACCGAUGCAACAUCCACGAGUGAAUUGGAAACAGAAACUCAAAAAGCAACAACCACGUCAUCUGGAAGUGUGUCCCCUUUGUCUCAAACAUCCAGAGCCUCCACAACGGUAAUCGGAUCUUCUACCGUUUCGAAAAGUUCACCAUCGUAUGUGGCUGACCCGACGACAUCCAUGAAAACCAAUCAGCCGAGCAGCUCUGUUGAAGAAUCCACUUUAACGGCGCCCUCUGGAACGUCUGAUUCUUCUUCUGGAACCCACAUCACGAAAACUUCCUUGACUACUACUUCUGACUCAGGGAAGGCAACCAGCAUCACAUCUACUCCCACUUCUGAGAAACCAGCUCCAUCGUCAUCAACUUCCACCAGCUCCACUGUCUCCUCUGCUGCCACGUCUUCUGUGAAGACCACGUCAACUCCGAAGAGCCCAGAGACUACUGCUACUAGUCAUUCAACAAAGACUACGAGCUCUACAGGAAGCUCUGCUCCCUCAUCGAGAGCUACAGCUACCCAAGAGACCACCUCCAAUGAUGUGUCUUCUACCACAACGGAGAAUCGGAAGACAUCGUCGCCUUCUACAGCAGCCACCUCCACCACUUCGAAACAAAGUUCCUCGAGCACGACCAAGUCAUCGACCACUCGCUCUUCUCCGUUGUCAACGGGAUCCUCCUCAAUUUCUCCGAAGUCUACUACCUCUUCAACAUCGAUGAAGCCAGCAACUACUCCGAAAUCUUCUUUGCCGUCGAACACGACUCGGAAGUCUUCUUCUCCAUCGCCUCCAUCUACUCCGACAUCUUCACAGUCAUCGACUUCAACUCGAACUUCUUCAUCGGUGAAGCCAUCUCCAACGUCUUCAACACAUUCCACGAGUCCUCGAUCGACCGCCUCCACCACGGAAGACCCACGAUGCCGUCAACAAUGUCCAGUAGGAUACCUCAUUGGAGCAAAGUAUUGCUACCUGCUCUACCGUGGCUCGUCUCGAAUAAACUCCUACCAGGCCGCUUUGUCUGAAUGCAAGACCGUCGACCGUCGGACACUGGCUUCAUUCGACAAGAUCGAGAACAAUGCGGACAUUCAAAUGAUCCAACAGAGUGCUGCACUCAAGAAUAUUGACUGGAUAUAUGUCAACGGAAUUGGAGGACGUGCAGAGAGGUUUAUGAAGGCAGCAUCGGUGUAUAGUAUCUACAACCAGACAGUUGUCGGCACUCCGAUCAUCAAAACUGUUGGAAUUUCGAAGACUGCGGAGAACAUCUCGGCACUCUGUGUAAUUCCACAGUACUGCAACCAGAAUGAGUGCAACAUCGGAAGACUCUUCAUGACAUAUGGCUACUUCGAGAACUUCCGCCACAGUACUGACCUCAUCCUGCCACAACAAACUGCCACUGUCACUUGCAUCUAUGGAAAUCAAAAGUUCGCGACAGUGACGUGCAACAAUCUCGGAGCCAUCUACCCCAGUCCGAGUCUAAUCGAUUGUGAGGAACAAAAGUACAUGAGACUGGAAGACACCACCAAUCAGACAGUUGCCGAUUGUGGAAUGUGCUAUUUGAGAGGAACAGAAGAUUGUAAAGUUGUGGAUGAGAAGAAGAAGACAUUCAGAUGCAUCUGCAGCAAGGACUACUACAUGAGAACCUGCUGGAAAAUGUUCAAUCCGUGCAAUUCAACUGUCUGUGGACCAAAUGCGAAAUGUGGAUUCAACGGAACGAACAUGUUCUGCACAUGCGGUUGGGGAUGGACCGGAGAACGCUGUGACCGAUUGUUGAAGGAAAAGUAUAAGGGAAACAUGGGUUACUCAACGACAGUCGGAGCAACCAUCACUCUCGGAGGACUCCUGUUCCGAAUUCUCAAGGUGUGCAUCAUUGGAAUCACGCUCUCGGAACAAGACGAUGACCCGCAAGACACCCACCAACGCUUCCGAUCCUACUUAAUGUCUGCUGCUGGAAUCAUAAUGACCCUCUUCAGUAACCCCACGGUCUUUGGUAUCGACCAACCAACAUGUCGAUUCUACUUCAUCGCCCUUCAUUUCUGCUAUAUAAUGGCAAUGUGCCAGUGGAUCUGGGAGGGAUUCAAUGUGAACCAGGUGAUCCGGUUCGUCCAUGCGAAUGAAUGGGAACGGGAUUGGUACGGAAACCGACCACUGGGAGUCCGACUGGCGCCUCGGAUGAUCGGAACAACUGUUGCGGUGUCCUCCUUCCUGCUCAUCACAUUCCAGACAGGAUGGUAUCGAUUGGCUGCCGAAUGGACAUGUGUUGGGGUCGUCUGUCAGGAGACAGUCAACAUUUGGUUCCCCAUCUUCUUCGGAGUCUGCAUUCUUGGAAUCACCGGAUUAGGCAUCUACGAGUGCAGUUUCCUCAUCGAAUGCCGUCGCCCACUUCUCGGAUACAUGAUUAAAUUCAAGAUAGAAAGAGAAUUGGGCCAUGUCAUUGGCCGUCGUAUCAAGAAGUGCAGGGACAACGAUUUCAUGGCUCUGAUGGGGCUCGUGCUCCUAAUCCUUCAGUGGAUUUCCGUCAUCUUCUCCUCCGAUCGUCGAGAUGAUCCAAUGUGGGGAAUCAUCACCGUCGUCGUGGCUGGGAUCUACUCCGCGUUUUGCGCCUUCCAGGAAAUAAUGACUUGUCCAGAGGACAAGGCCAAGUUAGUGGAACUACUUCAACGAUUCGCUCCAGACUUCUUCGCUCCAACGUACAACGAAACGACGAUGUGGUCGAUCUUCGAAGUGCGUCAGAUGUUCAAAUUGCCGAAGGAGGAAAGAGAAGCAGCGAUGGUAGGAUACCUGACAAUGAAUGAACAGUUGUACCUGCAUCAUCGAUGGAAUCUCCGUCUCAAUCAUUUCUUGGGAGAAGAACUUGUCUCUGUGGAGCCAGAUGACAAGAUCAAUGAGGCAUUGAUAAAAGUCUAUCUGGAAGAAAUGAGAAGAAUAGAGGACAACAAUGGAACCGAUGAGGAAAAAAGGAGUGUUCAACAAGCGUUCACUGAGUACUACGAUUCGAUCCCGUACAAAGUGACACCGGAUGCUGGAAAACUGGAAGGAAGACUGGAAUUGGUGACACUGGCGACAGAGGAUCCCAAAUUCGGAAUUCGACUCGCCAAGUUCUUCAUCGUUCCCGAAUUUCACACGUUUCAACCAGAAGUACCCGCACCAGGACAACCGUAUGAAAGAUGGAGAGAGACGUUUCACGAGAGGAGAUUUUAUCAGAAUUUAGAGAAGGACAUCUACCUGAUUACUCGUCAAGCAGCACACGAACAGGCAACAUUCAUCAAUUCGGCGAUUCUCUUCUCGGUCUAUGGAAACAAUGUCGCGAGAUGA